AUACAGUUAUCAAUAAGUUCUAGUAUGGUAACAUUAAUAAGUAUGUUUCAAGAAAGAAUCCAACAGUGGUUUUCAAACCUCUCCUCUUGGACCCAUAGAUGUUUCACAAUUUUAUUUUAGCCCCAGGGCUUGAUAAGUUGAAUCAAGUGCUAGCUCUGGAAUAGUUCCCUGUGGGGAGGUUUGAAAACUCCUGCUCUAUGUAGCCAUGUUUUACAGCAUUGGGUUGAACAUGUUUAGAUUUGUUGUUGGCAUAAACUGCUUUAUCCCCUCUUUCUGACUGCCUCAAUCAAUGGAAAUGAACUGGACAGCCACAGAGCUGACAUUAGUUUUGAAAGGGAAAUGUUGCUAUGCUGGGGAUUUCCCUGCAGGAUUUGGAAGAAAGGGGAUUGCGGUACUAUCCCAUCAUUGUAGAGGUCAUUAGUUGAGCUUGAAAUGGAAAGGGAAACCAUGAGCCACUAAUAUAAAGGCAACUGACCUGCUCUCAGCAGUAGCACACUUCAAACAAAUAUGAGGACCGCAACUUUGAUCCUGCUUUGUGUCACAGUCUUCGGAGCUGGACUUGCUCAUUUCCCUGGUGGAAGAUCUGAGAAAUGUCUAUGCAGGGGAAAACUAAUGCAGUCUGUGAGGAUAAAACGCAUCCAGAAGUUAGAGGUGUACCCAAACACUGUAUUCUGUGCAAAGACAGAAAUUAUUGCCACAAUGAAGAAUGGUAAGAAAAAAUGUCUGAACCCAGAGGGCAAGCUAGGAAAAAGGUUCCUGAUGAGAAAAAGACUGGAGGAGCAACAGAAGCCAAAAUGAGGACUAGGAAGGAGAAACAAAAAUUAUUCUAAUCCCUGAGUUGGUACAGAAUUAGAAAAUAGAUUAAAGUCUCACACCUACAAGUGUGUGUUGGUCGAGCUGGAGACGGUCACAGCAGCCUGUCUGGGAGUGGAGGGGGUUCCUUCCCGGAAUACGUUCUGGACAUUGCAUAGUACACAAUGUAUCCAUGCAUUCCAUUCCCAUGUAAACAGGAAAAAGGCCAAGAUGUUGUCAUAGAGACUUACCUCAAUGGUUCUCAUGGACAUUUGUUUUAAAUGUGUUCAUGGCAGUGAAUGUUUGUGUGGGUUAUAUCACUAUAUUUACACGUCUAUGUUUAGCCUCACUUCAGAAAGUAAUGUAGCACACUUGCUCUGAGAUUUGUUACAAAUUAAUCACUUUUGUGAAUGAAAGCCAACUGCUUUUAUAAAUGUUCACCCAUAUCACAACAGCUGUUGUGUACUUGCAUUAAGUUUUGUCACAUCUAUACUGAACAAAAAUAUGAAUGCAAAACAUGUAAAGUGUUGGUCCGAUGUUUCAUGAGCUGAAUUAAAAG